CUUUUCGGAUUCUACAUCCCUACCUACGCUGCACUCGGCUAUGGCUACGCCGAUAUUACUCACCUCAUGACAUACCCAACGCUCUUCAUGGGCAUCGGAAACAUUAUCGGCAUGCCCAUCGCAAUUGCAGUUGGUCGACGCAUCGUUCUACUUGCAUCUACUGUCAUUCUAGUAGUUAGUGCAGUGCUUUGUGCUUGUGCGACCAAUUAUGAGUGGCAUCUGGCUGCUCGGAUGGUUCUUGGGCUUGCGGCAGGCCAAAGUGAGGCGCUGGUGCCAUUGAUUAUCCAGGAGAUCUUCUUUGUUCACGAGCGAAGCACUUUUCUGAUGGCACAACAGCUCGUGCAAACAACUUUUACAUCUGUCUGGGUCCUUUUUGCCGGUCCGAUCGCUGGAAAAAUCACUCCGGGAUGGUGGGAUGGGCUCGGAGCCAUCCUUGCUGGAGUCCAACUAAUUGCGGCAUUCCUGUUGCUGCCAGAGACAAAAUACAACCGACCUAUGGCUUCAUUCCAGGAGUCUUCUUUCGGAACAGGCGGCCAUGGUGACAGUGAGUCAAGUCAUGUGGCAUCAGCUCCCGCCCUCAACUUGUUCACACAUCGCCCUUCCUUAGACUUUGACAAGUAUGCACCCCGUACAUUUCGCCCUGAUAUACGGUUAUGGGUGGACGCUCCAGACUGGAAUAAGGCUGCGGAAUGCUUGGUCCAAAUGUUCCAGCUACUCUUCUUCCUUGCAGUAUUUUGGGCAUUGCUACUCAAUGGCUUAACGCUCGGUGUAGAUAUCGCGAUUGGUACCACAUAUGGGAACAUUGUCACCUCACCACCCUACAACUGGCCUCAGAACUCGGCUUCCUAUGCCAACUGCGGUCAGAUCAUUGUCGCUUUCAUUGGUCUUCCUCUACUAGGACAGUUCUCAGAUACGCUGAUCCAAUGGCGCGCACGCCGAAAUGAAGGUAUUCACGAGCCUGAGGCCCGCUUGAUCCCUCUCAUCCUACCCAUCGUGGUCGGUAUUUUCACUGCCGUCCUCUAUGGCCAAGGUGCCGCAAACACGACUAAGUACCACUGGUUCGUUUACGUGUGGGCAAUUGCUGCUUACUUCUUCGCCUUCAUUGGUGCCAAUAUUGUGGCGAUCACCUAUCUUCUUGACAGUUAUCCGGCGCGUGCUGGACCAAUUCUGGUUAUUAUCUGUGCUUUCUGCGGUAUUAUCUCUUUUGGAGUUAGCUACGGCAUUGCUCCUUUCAUCGAGAGAUGCGGCUAUGACGGUGCGUUCAACGCUUUUGGAGGGCUGACUGGUGCCCUGGGUCUCCUGGGCGUGGUCAUCUACGUUUUCGGCAAGAAAUUCAGAGCCAUCACCGGCAAGUAUGCUAAGGAUAAGAAU